GGUCGAUUGGGCUGGUUGUGCUGCAUUAUCUGUCUACUGUUCGCCAUUUUCGGCCUAAGGAUUAUGAAUCCCCCUUUGGAAAGUCCCUUGCGUGGAGCUUUCAAUGCUUCUGCGCCAACUGUGUGGUGCCUUGGGUUGGCUUGGAUUGUGUACUCGUCCAUGGCGGGAUGUGGUGGCCUGGUGACAAAAUUUCUAUCCUGUAGUGUAUUUGCACCACUCAGCAAGCUUGUGUUUGCAGUAUACCUUACGCAUCAGCCCCUGCAGUAUCUCUUCUAUGCUUCACGACAGGAAAGCUUCGACUACAAUUAUUUUCUUAUGGGUUAUUUUUUGUUGGAAAUCUCGCGCUCGCUUUUGCUGUUGCUGCACUGCUAACCCUCGUCAUUGAGAUGCCCAUGUGCAACCUCGAGAAGCUGGUUUUAGGACGAGGAUAAGGUGAUGCAAAAGGUCAUCUCAGAAGAAGUUCUACUGCACUAGUUGAUGACAUACGAUUACAUCGACUCCCUUCAGCUCCAUACUUUAUCAAACAUUUUCCUUUCAGUGUGCGUGCCCAUUCUGUUCUCGUUCAAACCACAUGCGAUUUACAAGCGCUAUACCUGUCUCUUUGUUACAACAUCAUGUAUCCUUUACAUACUAUUAGUUAUUACUUUAAGACAAUCAAUGAAUCAAUAAAGCUUAUUCGAGUGCGGAA